GUUCAUCGUCAAAGGCCAGCCUGCGCCUCUUUCUUGCAAAUUUCUGCGUUAAUAAUACGCAAAUUUAUGUUUGAUUAUCGUGAUCUGGUUUAGCAACGGUUUCGCCGAACCUCAGCACCCAUGCCAGUCGUCAAAGGAGGUGUCUGGACGAACAUUGAGGACGAGGUUCUUCGGGCAGCAGUCUCGAAGUAUGGCCUCAAUCAAUGGGCACGUGUAUCUUCGCUUCUGGCGAGGAAAACUCCGAAACAAUGUAAAGCGCGCUGGGUAGAGUGGCUUGAUCCUGGCAUUAGGAAAGUGGAAUGGUCUCGGGAGGAGGAUGAGAAGCUGUUGCAUCUGGCUAAGUUGAUGCCAACGCAAUGGCGGACAAUUGCACCGAUCGUGGGCCGAACGGCAACCCAAUGCUUAGAACGGUACCAGAAACUUUUGGAUGAAGCUGAGGCCCGUGAGAAUGAUGAGCUCGGUUUAGGGGGUCCGGGUACAGAGGCCUCCGCUCCGAGUGCGGACGACGUCAGACGGCUGCGACCUGGUGAACUUGAUCCUGACCCUGAAUCAAAACCUGCCCGGCCGGAUACUAUCGAUCUUGACGAAGAUGAGAAGGAGAUGUUGAGCGAGGCUCGAGCUCGUCUAGCGAAUACGCAGGGUAAGAAGGCAAAGCGCAAGGCCAGGGAACGGCAACUCGAGGAAUCGCGACGGCUUGCUGUGCUCCAAAAGCGCCGUGAGCUCAAAAAUGCUGGUAUUAACAUUAAGAUUGUCACCCGGAAACCGGGUGAGAUGGAUUAUAAUGCAGAUAUUCCGUUCGAAAAGCCAGCUGCACCUGGAUUUUACGAUACUACAGAGGAAGAAGCACGCAAUGAAAGACAGCGAGAGAUGUUCGAUCCCCGGAAACAGCAGCUAGCGAACAAGCGCAAGGGAGAUCAAGACGAAGAAGCGGAACGAAAGAAACGAAAGAAUGAUAAGAACAGCAACUCCGCAGCUUUCGCGGCUGCUGCUCGAGCUGGACAGAUGCAGAAGAUCCGAGAGGCCGAACAGAGCAGCAAACGGAGAGCGCUUGUUCUCCCCACUCCUCAGGUUAGCGAGAGCGAAAUGGAAGACAUCAUCAAAAUGGGUAUGGCAGGAGAUAAAGCCAGCAAGAUGGUGGGAGAUGAGGAAGGAACCAAAGGUUUACUCGGAAACUACUCCGCCAUGGUUGGGGGGACACCUAUUCGGACUCCCAGAGCUCCCCCGGAGGAGGAUCACAUUGCGAAUGAGAUUCGGAAUAUAAGAGCCCUCACAGAGACUCAGUCUUCACUCCUUGGCGGGGAAAAUACGCCGCUACAUGAUGGUGGAUCUUCUACUGGUUUUGAUGGCAUUGCUCCUCGCCGCCAACAGAUCGUCACGCCAAAUCCCAUGGCCACGCCCUUUCGGCAAGGGAACGCAGUCAGCGCAACGCCCGUUCCAGGAGGUGCUGGCCCCGGUGCAACUCCGCUGCGAACUCCUCGUGACCACUUCUCGCUGAACAAAGAAAUCAGCGGUGGGCUUCCUAUUGGAAGUACACCGCGAGAGAUAAAGAUGCGGGAAAAUCUCGCGCGGCAGAGCAUUCGCGGCAGGCUUGCAGCACUUCCCAAGCCCAAGGAAACCGAGUGGGAGCUCGAGCAGCUGCCGUCAGAAUCUGCAGAGCCAGCUGGGGCGACGGAGUACCCUGAAGAAGACUCUGCAGUGCGAGAUGCGCGGGAAAAGGAAAUCCGGAAGCGAGCUGCCGAGGCUGAACAUAAACGUCAGACGCAGGUUUAUCAACGUUCGUUGCCCCGGCCUGUUGUGCUCGAUAUUGAUGCUCUGAUGGAGCGGGCGUCGCGUGUUAUGGACCCAAUCACCGGUCUAAUUGCUAAAGAGGCCGCCCUGUUGGUUGCUAAUGAUGCAUGCAAGUUCGCUACUCCCGGUGCCAAGAUCGAAGGCAAGCCACGGAAGUUGGAGAGGCUUGAUGAUAAGUAUUUAGAAGAAGCUCGUGCCGCAAUAGCGUCUGAAGCUUCCUCGGGGAAGUUGGAGGAGUGGUCGAACGAGUUCGAUGCCAAGUGGUCAUCAAGCCGUCAGGAUACUCUACCUGGGCUUUCCAACUACCUCGACGACGACGAAGAGGACGCGUAUCAGCAAGAGCAGCGAAUCAUCGGCGUCUUCGACAAUGUGCAGGCAUCAUUACUAGCCACCGCUGAAGAUGGUAAUAAACUCGAAAAGAAGCUAGCUUUACACUACGGAGGAUAUCAAAACCGGGCGAAGAUGCUCAGGGCCAAGAUCACUGAGGCCCAUACAGCCCUGGAGAAGUCGAAGCAUGAACUGGACGCUUUCCGCACGCUUCAGAUAUCAGAGGAGGCUGCGAUUUCAAGGAGGCUGGAAAAGCUACGGGAGGAGGUGGCUUUUGUGAUGCGGAGAGAACGAGAAGCUCAGGAGCAGUAUCGAUGCAGAAAGGACGAAUUGGACGACCUAGUGGCGAGCACUGGAGGCAUGGUGAAUGGUUGGCACUGA